AUAACCCUAAAAGAAGAGGAGGAGGAGGAGGAGGUUAUGCGGACUUUGUUGUUUGUUAAACACUAUGAGGCACCAGAAGGCCCUGAUAUCAGCGUUUGCGGUGCUUCUGUUGAAUCUCAAGCGGAGCAAUGUUGUUACCAAUGGAUUCGAGACCGACCCAGGAGUCGGAGCGGAUCUUGAAAGCGUCCUGAAUAUCCCCGUUUCAAAGCCGAUUUUGGUCCACCUGCUUUCAAACACUACAAAGAAGAUCGUGGUAAACAUCAGUGAUUCCGCCACUGUGGGUGUCACUGCGCAGGCGCAAACCCAGUUCCAGAACGUCACCAUCUCCCUGUUGAAGGUAUUGCAGCUCAGUUCAUCAUACACAGGUUCCAGUGCUGGGCUAGUGGUGCCGCUCAGGCGAGGCGCAGUGCAGGCUCACUUCUAUAUCACAUCUGCAGAAAACGUCACUGCGUGCGUGACAGCUGUCCCUUACAGCGCACAUGAUCCCGUUCCAGGGGCUUGCAACCUGGAAUUUCAUUUGGAAAACGACCCCAACCUUCACCUCAGGGAUACUUUCUUUGAAACUGUGACCCAGUUUGCUCCAGCUAACCUUGGAGCGGGGAGAGAUGCAGAUCCACCCGCCUGUGAUGUCGAAAUGGGGAGUAAGUCCAGAUGGAGGCUGACCUAUGACUUCUACCAGUAUUUCCUGCCUGAGAAUGACCUCUCUGAGCGGAGCCUGUUCGAGGGUGUGAUGAGAAUGACCUCUGUGCAGGACGUGGAGAAGCACGGGACCAAGGUAGCCGUGCUAAGCUCAGGGGAGAAGACUCUGCUUUUUGGAAACUCUUACACUGAUAUUGGUGGGAUCUACAGUCUAAUCGUCCGGGACCCCCUGCUCAAUACUUCAGCAGCCUACAUCCCUGUCUCUACUUACAGCUGCAGCCAGUCUUCAGCAUCCCCUCAUUACUGCUACAGAUAUGGACAAGUUUCUACACAGAUUUUCUUCUCGCUGCUUGGGAUCUACGGCUUGUUUAUCUGCUUUGCUGGGCACAGGUUUCUGGAAGCAGAGUUCCUCUUCAUUGGUUUCCUGCUGUUUGGGUUUCUGUCCUUUGUGUUGCUGAAGCGGUUCUCUCAGAUCAGCGCCCACAUGUGCUUGGUCCUCACGGCUGUGAUGGGGCUCCUGGGAGGAGUCAUGCUCGCUCUGUGCCGAUGCAGAUUUGGAGCGCCGAUACUCCUCGUGUUACUCGCUGGCCUUGCGUUUGGCUUCCUGCUGUCUGCAAUUAUUUUCUUCACUCCUCUUGUGAACAUGAAGGUUUUUCGCUCUGAGCCCCUGUACUGGGUGUGCUUUGUCAGUAUGGCUCUGGUGCUGCCUGUGAUUCUGCUGUCCUUCACCAAAGCUCUCAACAUCCUGUCCUGCGCUGUGCUCGGCUCGUACGCAGGGAUCUGUCUUGUGGGAGCGUUCCUGCCCACCAGCCUUGUCUACAUCCUCCUGGACGUUGUGAGAAGAGCAGUGGAACCCUCCUACUCCCAUGCCAUCAUCCCUGUGCCUUUCCAGACCACGGACUACGUGCUGGUGGCUUCCUGGGCUGUCCUGGCGGCAGGGGGGGUGGCGUCUCAGUGUUUCUUGACGAGGAACAAACCACCCUUCCCUCGGUGCCCCUACGAGAGCUGGAGAGAGAAGAGAGACGCCUGCAGUGAGAGGUCCCCUCUACUUGGACCCGGGGAACAUACGGACAUCCUCUCCUGAUUGCUGGGUCCCUGUGACUCCUGUUGCAUAGCAGUGUUGCUCAUUCCAGGUUUUACUAUGAGUGUAUAGGCAACAAGCUCAGGUGUGUCAUCUUAAACCAGGAGUGGAUCACACUGCUCUGCAAGGGUGUCACAUUUUAAUCCCUGUACUCCCACUACACUGUAUGUGGGUCAUACACAUUCCUCCACCUUUCUUAGCUGCUUAGUUGAUGCUCACUAUUCUUAUUAGAAUAAAAAGAGCAGAUUUGUGUUUGAACUCCUGAGUCCUCUGGUCGUUGAUCAGUUUUUCGACAGUGACAUUGCCGUAAGUUUUUUUUUUUUUUUUUUUUAUGAAUGUGUUUUCUGCUGUAUUGUUUCUUCUGAGCUUUUUGUAAAUAAAUAAUUUUGUAGAACUGUA